AUGUCGCUUUUACCAGUCGUCGCAAUCGUCGUCAGUCUCCUCUGCUAUGCUGUUUAUAGUAGCAACCUGAGAGAAAGCAUACCUAGUGUCAGAUGCUGGCCGUCAUUCUUUCCCAAAGUCUUUGACCGGCUGAGUUACAAUAGCCAGGCACCUCAACUCAUCAAACAUGGGUAUCAAAAGUUCCGAGAUCAACCGUUUAAGCUGCUUAAAAUGGACAUGGACUUGGUCGUCAUUCCACUCAAGUACGCCUCUGAACUGCGAGCGGUUACAAACGACAAGUUGGACCCCUUGACAGCGAGCUUUGAUGACAAUGCUGGCGCCGUUACGAGUAUUCUUCUCGGGAGUGAACUCCACACACACGCUAUACAACGGCGCUUGACUCCCAGGCUUCCGAAAAUCAUCCCAAUGAUGAUGGACGAGCUGAGGCUUGCCUUUGAGCAAGUUUUACCUAUGCGGGAUGAUGCUUGGAUCCCAGUCAAUCCGUACGAGAUGGUUCUUCAUCUGGCUACUCGUGCCGCGGCAAGGGUGUUUGUUGGAGAACCAACCUGCCGCGACGAGAUUUUUCUCAAGACAACCGCUUCAUACAGCCGCAACGUUUUCGAUAGCAUCUCCACCUCGCGCCGGUUCGGCAGCUUGCUGACAUCCCUUUUUGGAACUUGGGUUCCCGAGGUAAGAGAGGCCCGCGGCCAAUUGCAGUACAUCCAACAGCUCCUCGGCACAGAGGUAAAGAGACGCAGAGAGUGCCCCAAAGAAGAGCACGAUGACUUUUUGCAAUGGUGCAUGGACCUGGCAAGAACCGAGGAAGAAUCACAACCAGAGGCCCUUGCCCAUCGCACCCUUGGAAUUUUGAGCAUGGCCGUGGUCCAUACAACUGCCAUGGCCAGCACACAUUUAAUCUUUGAUAUGAUUGCGGACCAGGACCUGACAGACAGCCUUCGAAAGGAACAGGCAACUGUGCUGAAAGAAGGUUGGAUGGGCAUUUCGCAGCAGUCAAUGCUUGACAUGAAGCAUUUGGAUAGCUUGAUGAGAGAAUCCCAGCGAAUGAAUCCAGUCGGAGAGUUCACUUUUAGGCGUGUUGUCCGGAAGCCUCUUACAUUAUCUGACGGAUAUCAACUAGAACGCGGUCAACAGAUUGCGCUUCUUGCACGGUGUAUUCACAUGGAUGAAGAAAACUUGCCUGAUGCAGCUACGUUCAAGCCAGACCGGUGGCUCAAACAACAGAAUUCCGCGCCGACUUCGUUUUCAAACAGCAGCACCGCCAACCUCAAUUUUGGCCUAGGCCGAUAUGCCUGCCCCGGAAGAUUCCUUGCUUCCUAUGCGAUCAAAGCGAUUAUGAGCCGACUUCUACUUGAGUAUGACUUUAAAUUGCAGGGAGAAACCCCCUCAGGGCGUCCUCCCAAUAUGCUCCACGGAGACAGAAUCUUUCCUCAUCGCACGGCGGUUGUUCUCUUGCGCCGCCGCAACGCUGUAGCAUCUAAAGCUUGA